AUGGCGAACGCACACAUCAACACUGCGCUGAACAACUUCUUCAACGCGAACAAGUUUGCUAUUGUUGGCGCAAGUAAGGAUGCCUCGAAAUUCGGCAACAAGGUGCUCAAAUGGUAUCAGGCACACAAACUCGACGCUACACCCAUUCACCCUAAAGAGCCUGAGAUCGAAGGACUUGCUACUCAGCCUGACGUCGCUCACUUCCUCGAUGCUGCAGGCACUAAUGCAGAUAAUAUUGCUAUCUCCGUAGUCACGCCCCCUAAGAUCAGCUUGGCCGUUGUACGGAAGGGUAUUCAAGAGCAAGGUGUUUCUACGUUCUGGCUACAGCCUGGCGCUGAGGAUGCUGAUCUGAUCAGCUGGGUCAAGUCGCAACCAGACUCGGUGCAGGACCGAGUGAUCUACGGUGGUCCAUGUAUUCUUGUCUCUGGCCGACAACUUGCUGCAGACAAGGGCAAGCUCUGA